UAGAGAAACGAAAGAGGGAAGGAAGAGUUUGCAACUGCAACACUCCACCCACCGAUCUUGCCGAAGAACGAUCAAGCAUCAAACUUCCCUUUGCUUGGACAGGAAGUUUCAUUAUCAACUAAUCCUCAUGCAGUGGAAUCUUCUAUAGUAAAUGAGAAUGAUCAGAGUUUUCCUGAGUGUAGCAUUGGAUCUGAAUGGAAUGCAAAAGCAUUGGUUGUAGCAGGAGCAUGUAAAACAGAGAAGGAUAACAAGAGUGUUGAUGAAGUUAGCUCUAGAAGUGAGGAUUACACAACAAUUUUGGUUGUACCACAAGAAGAAAAAGUUGACUGAUGAUUACUUUUACGAGAGCGCAGAGAAGAUUUCCUUCGAGGGAAUGAAGAAAUACCUAUCAGUUGUUUUUCUGUUUCUUAAAACAAAAAGUGACGGAGAAAAAUCGUGAAAUAGUCCCGAGUCCCGACGCCCUACCCUCUCUAUCUCCUUGUAGCCCUCCACAAGCUACAACUCUCUCGCGAAGCUCGACGACCGUCUCUGCUCUCUCGCGAAGCUCGACGUUCUCUACUCUAUUGCGAAGCUCAACGUUCUCUGCUCUCUUGCGAAGCUCGAAGUUCUCUUCUCUCGCAAAUCUCAGCGUCUCUCUGUCUCGUCAAGAAACGGUCUCACUGCAACUCUCCUUACAGCAACAAGUUCGAUCGUCAAGCUCAGGCUGCAAAAGAAGAGAUUAGCAACAAAGAUAAAAAGAAGGGAGGGCAACCUAGAGAAGGGAUUGCAUACUUGGUCCAGGAUUAACAAUUUAUGAAAACCGGGAGCCUAUGUAUGAAGGCGAGAUGGUUCUUGCCGAGCAAGCUGACCAAGGUGCCGGAGAUGGAAGUGAUUUGCAACCCAGGGAUGAAAUCACUCAGCAGAAAGGGGAACUUAUCAAGAAUUUUCUGGGGAACAAUGCGAGCCAACUAACCAUAUAUGGCCUCUUUUGCCUCCAGGAAGGUCUGAAGGAACGGGAGCUUUGUGUUUUCUUCCGCAAUAAUCACUUCAGCACCAUGUUCAAGUUAAGGAAGUUCAAUCCAUUGGUGAUCCCCAAGUCUCUUCAAGCGGCUCUCCCAUUUGCUUCAAAGCCUAAGGACAGAUAUAGUAGGAAGCGUCCGCUUCUUGAAAGCCGACGGGCUGUGGUUAUGGAGCCACAUGAGCGCAAAGUCCAUGCUCUUGUCCAACAUCUUCAGCUGAUCAGAAAUGAAAAGAUGAAAAAGCGAAAGCUGAAGGAAGAGGAAAAGAGGAACAAACACAUGAAGCAGAGAAGGCGAAAAAUGAGGAGCUAUCUAGGAAACAGCAAAGAGAAGAACGACGAGGAAGGUAUCGGUAAUUUAAUCAAGAAUUUCAAGGGGAAAUUAAGGUUUCAUUUUUUGUCAGAUUACCUCAUUCAGCCCGUGGAGGAGCAACAACACUGGAGUUCGUUGUCCGUCACUAACAAGUGUUACGAGUUAGAUUGGUUGAUGUUGGUUGAUGCAGUGAAACUGCCUUGAUAUUCCCUUGGUGUGAUGUUUUUUGUUCCCAGCCAGUGUUGCCCUGUGACAUUGAUCAGGGGCAUACAUGUUGAUAUCCAGAGAAAAUAUUUGUUCUUUUUGGUAGAAGAGAAAAUAUUUAUUCUAAAGAUUUGUUCCCAGGGAACACCAAGUCCGGAGGAUAAAUAAUGAAGCAAUCAUAUGUGUAUUAAUAGUUGAGGCUUUUCCUAUAUUAUCAACGACGGUUGUUACAAUGGGUGAUUUAAUUUUUGUGGGCC